UGCCACAAGAUGGGAGUAUCUGAUUUUCUGAUCAUUAAUCUUUCGCGGGCCAUAUAGUGAUGGAAUCUCAGUGUCCCAAUGCAGUACAUUGGAAGGCAGAAAAACAAACAUGGCUCUAAUUUUGCAGCUAUAAGCUUGACUCAUGUGAAAUUGGCAAAAGGAAAUGGAUAUUAAAGCAAGAGAACUAAAAUUAUCGGGUUGGUUUGAAACUAUUAUGUGUUACAUUUAAAAAUAAGCUUGUAUUUGCAGCCAGUUAAGCCGACUGUGCUUUUUUCCCCAUGGGGGCCCUGUGCGCAGCGGCUGCAAACAGCAGCCUCCUCGGUACUGUAUGCAGCCUGUUGCCUGUAUGGGUUGCCCUAAGGGACCUUGGAGACAGCCCUUUCCAGUGGACAUUAAUGACUGGCAUGCUGUCCCCAAUCUAGGCUCCAGACAGGUAUGCGUGGUGCCUUUGGAAAGCCCCAAGGCACAGUGGCCGGGGUCCACAUUGGCCAGGUCAUAAUGUCCAUCUGCACCAAGCUGCAGAACAAGGAGCAUGUGAUUGAGGCCCUCCGCAGGGCCAAGUUCAAGUUCCCAGGCCGCCAGAAGAUCCACAUCUCCAAGAAGUGGGGAUUUACUAAGUUUAAUGCAGAUGAAUUUGAAAACAUGGUUGCAGAAAAGCGGCUCAUCCCAGAUGGCUGUGGGGUCAAGUACAUCCCUAAUCAUGGCCCCCUGGACAAAUGGCAGGCCCUGCACUUGUGAGAGCCUUGGCGCUGCCCCCCCCCA